AUGGGCGCGGGGGCGCUCGCCCUGGGCGCCUCCGAGCCCUGCAACCUGUCAACCGCCGCGCCGCUCCCCGACGGCGCGGCCACGGCGGCGCGGCUGCUAGUGCCCGCGUCGCCGCCCGUCUCGCUGCUGACCCCCGCCAGCGAGGGAUCCGCGCCGCUGUCGCAGCAGUGGACGGCCGGCAUGGGCCUGCUGAUGGCGCUCAUCGUGCUGCUCAUCGUGGCGGGCAACGUGCUGGUGAUCGUGUCCAUCGCCAAGACGCCGCGGCUGCAGACGCUCACCAACCUCUUCAUCAUGUCCCUUGCCAGCGCUGACCUGGUCAUGGGGCUGCUGGUGGUGCCGUUCGGGGCCACCAUCGUGGUGUGGGGCCGCUGGGAGUACGGCUCCUUCUUCUGCGAGCUCUGGACCUCGGUGGACGUGCUGUGCGUGACGGCCAGCAUCGAGACCCUGUGUGUCAUCGCCCUGGACCGCUAUCUCGCCAUCACAUCGCCCUUCCGCUACCAGAGCCUGCUGACCCGCGCGCGGGCGCGGGCCCUCGUGUGCACCGUAUGGGCCAUCUCGGCCCUGGUGUCCUUCCUGCCCAUCCUCAUGCACUGGUGGCGGGCCGAGGGCGACGAGGCGCGCCGCUGCUACAACGACCCCAAGUGCUGCGAUUUCGUCACCAACCGGGCCUACGCCAUAGCCUCGUCCGUCGUUUCCUUCUACGUGCCCCUGUGCAUCAUGGCCUUCGUGUACUUGCGGGUGUUCCGCGAGGCCCAGAAGCAGGUGAAGAAGAUCGACAGCUGCGAGCGCCGCUUCCUCAGCGGCCCCACGCGGCCGCCCUCGCCCGCGCACUCGCCCGCGCCCCCGCUCCCGGCCGCCGCCGCCUCCCCGGUGGCCAACGGGCGCGUCAGCAAGCGGCGGCCCUCGCGCCUCGUGGCCCUGCGCGAGCAGAAGGCGCUCAAGACGCUGGGCAUCAUCAUGGGCGUGUUCACGCUCUGCUGGCUGCCCUUCUUCCUGGCCAACGUGGUGAAGGCCUUCCACCGCGACCUGGUGCCCGACCGCCUCUUCGUCUUCUUCAACUGGCUGGGCUACGCCAACUCGGCCUUCAACCCCAUCAUCUACUGCCGCAGCCCCGACUUCCGCAAUGCCUUCCAGCGCCUGCUCUGCUGCGCGCGCCGGGCCGCCCGCGGGAGCCACGCGGCCGCCGGGGACCCGCCGCGCGCCUCGGGCUGCCUGGCGGUGGCCGGGCCGCCGCCGUCGCUCGGGGCCGCCUCAGACGACGACGACGACGACGUCGGGGCCUCGCCGCCCGCGCGCCUGCUGGGGCCCUGGGCCGGCUACAACGGUGGGGCGGCAGCCGACAGCGACUCGAGCCUGGACGAGCCGAGCCACCCGGGCUGUGCCUCGGAAUCCAAGGUGUAG